AUGUCGACAAUUUAAGAGCUCAUUACUACAUUAUUUAAUUUAGUAUUAAUUCUAUAAAUCUUGUCAGAUUGUUAGUGAUGAUGAUGUUUUACCUAGAAAUAGAUUCCUGAAAACAAAUAGUUUAAUUGAAUAAUUAAGGAUAAUAAUUGAAUUAAUAAUUCAUCAAUAACACCAAAAAUAACAAUAAGAUUAUUAAGCUCUAGAAAAACAACUACAAAAAUUUGAAUUUGAAGUAAGAAAUCAUAUUAGAGUAUUGAAUUUACAUUAUAAACUAAGGAUGAAUAUCUGAUGCAGUAGAAUUAAGAAGAUUUGAUAUCUCGACUAGAGGAAAUGGAAAAAGAAAAGAAUGAACUAUUCAGCAACACAAAAUAAACAAUUAUUGUAAAUUAUUUAAUUUAUUAUAAGAAAUUAAAAAGAGAAAAUGAAGAAUUGUAUUAAAAGGUAAGAUAAUUAUCUGUAGAAAAUUAAUAACAAAAAAAUUUGAAUGAAAAACUAAUUACUUAUUAAGAAAAACAUAAAAUGAAUGAUCAUUUGACAUAAGAAUCUACAAAAAUUAGUUAGAGUAAAUAUUCUACCUUAGAACACCAUAAUUAAAAAGUAAUCAAAUUAAAAACACAUCCAACUCCUAAAAAAUUACAUACAGAAACCUCAGUUGACAUUUCCUUAAUAGCAGCAGUUAAUUAAAAAAGAUUAAGUUAAUAAUUGAUCAAACCAAAUUAUUUUUAAAAAAAGGGAUCAAUAACACAUAAUUAAUAUAUUAAAAAAAAAAGACAAUCUUGUUCAUUUGCAAACCAAUCAUUGUAAUUAAUUAUUAUAAAUAUAGGAAUUUUUUAACAACAAGUAUGUGA